AUGGCGGAACAUGAACUAAUCGAAGUGGUAGGAAUAUAUGCUGGCCUUGUCAUGGUCGAAAAGAAGUGUAUUGAGACUUGCGAAGCCAGAUCAGCAUCUCCCACAAAACCAUUGAGCGACGUGCAGUGGCAAGCACUGCUGGCUCUGCACCGCACGCUGCUUCAUGAACAUCACGACUUUCUCCUAGCAACCCACCACCCUCUAGCGUCACCCGCUCUGAAAAGAUUGGCAAUUGAGUAUGACCUACCAGGGCGGCUUUGGCGAGGCAGCAACAAGGCAAUCUUGGAGAUCUUACGACAACGCAUCCCUAACCACUUGGAGCACAUGAUUUCCUACAUCUAUUUAUCCUUUGACAUGCUCAGGCGGCUUGACUCCAAAUUCCCAGAGCUGGGAGAAAGCUGGGCCGAGUGCAUGCACGACCUUGAGACUUACCGCGAUUUCCUCGAAGGAAUUCGCGACAGUGCGUCGAAUAGCGACAACGGACUUCCACCGAGUAGCGUCGCAUAUCAGCAUUUGCAAGUCCACUGGGAUAAAGAAGAGUCAUCAAGCAGUGUUGGUGGCCACUGGGACCCUGCCUUCAGUUCACCCGGUAAAGAUGUUCAGCCUGUUUUUCCGUCCUUCAGCGGGACCGGAAGUAUCAACUGGCCGUUUGGAGCCAGCGACACAGACUCGAGCAACGCCUCCAGUUCUCCUUUGCUUUUGAGUGGUACCUCUUCAGAAUCAGCCGACGAUGGGAUGAACAUCCAAGAAGAGUUUGACGCCUGGUUCGGCGACUUGGACCCCAGACUCUUUGACGCUGAAGGGAAGAAUAAGUGGGUGUUGAUGGGAUGGCUUCACUUUGGGAGGCACCUUGCCAGGAGUUUCUGGUCGUACCGACGGGUGUUUAAGGUUCUACUUCUGAACGUGCUUUUGUGA